UUGAAGCUUGAUAUUGGCUGUUUACCGAGUUUUACACUUUAUUCGAAAGUUUUAACUUGGACAGUUAAAUGUUAUGGUACUUGUAAUGUAAUGUAUUGGUAAUUGUAAAAUGAUAAUUUUAUAAAUAAUAAUAUCCUUAGUCUAUGGUGCCGUGCUAUUAUUUUCAAAUUAUCUUUCAAAACUGUCAAAAGUAACGUCAACCAAUAUUUAAAAUUUUCAAAGUUUCACUUUUUACUUCUAUUUUAUUCCAUUGAAGUUUUCUUUUUCUGAAACAUGGAAACGGUGAUGAACCGUCAAUUAUUUUUAGUCGAAGCUAGAAUAAAGACAUUCAAAAACUGGCCAUUCAAUGACAAAAACAAAUGCAACGUAAAGAACAUGGCCGAAGCGGGAUUUUAUUCAGUAGCGACCGGUGAUGAUGAUGCUGAUGCCGCUAAGUGUUUUCUAUGCGGAAAGGAAUUGGAUGGAUGGGAAGCUAAUGACGACCCGUGGCAGGAACACAAGAGCCAUGCCGCUAAAUGUGCCUUUGUUCAGCUGGGACGAAAGGAAGACGAAUUGCUGCUUUCAGAAUACCUGUCAGUGAUUAAGCAGUAUAUGAUAAAUGAGAUAAAACAAGUUGGUGAAUUAUCCAAGGAACAUAUUGAUGAGAAAGCCAAGCAUGUACGGAGAAAGUAUUUGAGUAAAAAGUGAUUCAAGUGAAAAAGUGGCUAUAAUGAUUUUGUGAUAAUUAUCAUUCAGUAUAAUAUAAUGUUUGUUUUCUCCAUUGGCAUAUAUGUGAAUAUUCUCCAGGUGGAGCCUGGCUUAUUACAAAAGGUGUAUAUGUACUCUCAGACAUGUUUUUGUGAAGAUUUAUUUGCAUCCUGGUGUUUCGUAUCAGACAAUUCCACACUCCCUCCCUAAAUAUGCCUAUGAUUUUCUAUUAUAUGUAAUGAUUAGUUUAUAAUAUUAGCAACCCUUUAAUAAAAGUCAUGAAUUUCAAAAUGAGACUUUAACCAGUGUAUACUUAGCCAGUUGGUUUAUAGCAUCACACAUAGUCAGACUGGAGGUCCCUGGCGGCUAACCAGAAGCCCAGAGCCCAAAACUAGGUGAUGGUAGUUGCAUUAGUUGGUAGGAGCACCGCAAGCCUUGCAAGUCAGGCCUAUAGGAGGUCCACGCAAGUUGGGGCCCGGCUGACAAAUAUCACCUCGACUAUAUGACCAGUCUGAUGCUGGCACAUAGUAUAAAUAAUAAUAGAAGUUCAGAUAUAUUAUUAGUUGUAAAGGUAUAGAAUAGAGUUUUCAAAAUCAAUUUAUAAUUUGAUUUAAUAAAUAAUUAAAUAUUUCUGUACUUUAGAUAUGGCUUUUUCUGACUUGUCUUAUUUAAACAAAUUUGACAAUAUUAUAUAAAUAAAUAUUAUAUUGAUAAAAAGAGAUAAUGUUUAUGACAACGAAAAUUUGUAAUUUAUGACUGAAAAUGUGCCUAAUGGACUCAGUUGUGGUUCUAUUGACUGUUAUAAAAUUAAUUUUAUUUAAUAAAUACACAAUUAUGAUUUAUUCUGUUUCA